GCGGCCGGGCGGCGCCGGUGCGGUGUGAGGCUGAGGCCGAGGCGGCGGUGGCCUAGCAGAGUAGCUGCUGCGGGUAGCCGUGUCGGCGUGUCCGACCUCCCUCCGUCUCCUCGCAAGGUUCUUCGACGCGGUUUUGGGUCUAGCGGACACAGCCCCUGGCCAUGGACUCCCAGAAAGAAGCUCUACAAAGGAUCAUUUCAACUCUGGCAAAUAAAAAUGAUGAAAUUCAGAACUUUAUUGAUACACUAAAUCAAACACUAAAAGGAGUUCAGGAAAAUUCUUCUAACAUACUUUCAGAGUUAGAUGAAGAAUUUGAUAGUUUAUACUCCAUAUUGGAUGAGGUAAAAGAAAGUAUGAUUAACAGUAUCAAGCAGGAACAAGCUCGUAAAUCACAGGAGUUACAGAGUCAGCUUAGUCAAUGUAAUAAUGCCCUGGAGAACUCGGAAGAACUACUAGAAUUUGCAACAAGGUCAUUAGAUAUAAAGGAACCUGAAGAAUUUUCAAAGGCUGCCAGACAGAUCAAGGAUAGAGUGACAAUGGCUUCAGCUUUUCGCCUUUCUUUGAAACCAAAGGUCAGUGACAACAUGACUCAUUUAAUGGUGGAUUUUUCUCAGGAAAGACAGAUAUUGCAAACUUUGAAGUUUUUGCCAGUCCCCAAAGCUCCAGAGAUAGAUCCAGUAGAGUGUUUGGUGGCUGACAAUUCUGUAACAGUAGCUUGGAGAAUGCCAGAAGAAGAUAAUAAGAUUGAUCAUUUUAUACUGGAAUAUAGGAAAACUAAUUUUGAUGGACUUCCACGUGUAAAGGAUGAGCGAUGCUGGGAGAUAAUUGAUAAUAUUAAGGGUACUGAAUAUACACUGUCAGGCCUAAAGUUUGAUUCAAAGUAUAUGAAUUUCAGAGUGCGGGCUUGUAACAAGGCUGUGGCUGGAGAGUAUUCUGAUCCAGUGACUCUAGAGACCAAAGCACUUAACUUCAGUUUGGAUAACUCAUCCUCCCAUUUGAACCUGAGAGUUGAAGAUACCUGUGUAGAGUGGGAUCCUACUGGAGGAAAAGGUCAAGAAAGUAAAAUUAAAGGAAAAGAGAACAAGGGCAGUGCCCAUGUUACUUCACUGAAGAAACAUACAAGAAGUGGUACACCAUCCCCUAAACGGACAUCCAUAGGCUCCAGGCCACCAGCAGUAAGAGGCAGCAGAGAUCGUUUUACUGGGGAAUCAUACACAGUGCUGGGAGACACUGCUAUUGAAAGUGGACAACAUUAUUGGGAGGUCAAGGCCCAGAAGGAUUGUAAAUCCUACAGUGUGGGAGUAGCAUACAAGACUUUGGGGAAAUUUGACCAAUUAGGAAAGACAAACACUAGUUGGUGUAUCCAUGUCAACAACUGGCUACAAAACACAUUUGCAGCAAAGCAUAAUAAUAAAGUCAAAGCCUUGGAUGUUACUGUUCCUGAAAGAAUAGGUGUAUUUUGUGAUUUUGAUGGGGGUCAACUUUCUUUCUAUGAUGCAAACUCAAAACAGUUGUUGUAUUCCUUUAAGACAAAAUUUACUCAGCCAGUACUACCUGGUUUCAUGGUUUGGUGCGGUGGACUUUCUUUGAAUACUGGGAUGCAGGUUCCAAGUGCUGUGAGAACACUUCAGAAAAGUGAAAAUGGAAUGACUGGUUCGGCUAGCAGCCUAAACAAUAUUACUCAGUAAUGCCUAUUCAGAAUGUGUUUACCUUCCCUCACCCCUUUUUGAUUGGGUGGCCUUUUCUGUGCAGUUACUAAUCACAGAAAUUUAUGAGUGGUGGAAAUCAGAUUUGCUACAUUCUGCUUUAAGGUGUGGAAUCUGUUAGCAUCAAGCAUCUAGUACGAAGCAUUCACAGGAACCUGCUGAGCAAUAUCAGGGAAGCAAGCAGACAUCGAGCAAGAAACUGACGUUUUGAAGAGUAAAUGGGAAAAAAAGGCAGUGUUUAAGUAGUUAUGUAGAAACUCAUUUUUGUGUUUCUUGGAUUACUUUGGUUCUUCUAAUAUGUUUAGUUACAUAUGGUAGCCCUAGGACCUGAGGGAAAAACACUUAAAUCUUGUCUUCUUUCCUCUGUACUUUCUCUUUUUUAAUGUCAUCACUACCUGUUAUUUAGUUCUUACA